UCAAAGCUUUAACCCACCCUCUCCUUCCUCACUCUUCCCUUUGCCCUUCGAUUCCUUCUCCGUUUAUUACUACGGCAGCCAUGUCGGAUUAUUAUUACUCCGGUUGCCCAGAUAACUACGAAGCUCACUACCUCGAUUCCUGCUCUGUGUGCGGCAAAUCGCUUCGCAAUUCCGAUAUUUUCAUGUACAGAGGAAACACGCCGUUUUGCAGCAAAGAGUGUAGACAGGAACAGAUGGAGGUGGAUGAAGCGAGGGAGAAGAAGUUGAAAUCCGGUAGAUCUCUGAGGAAAUCGGAUCCUAAGACCUCCACGCCCAACAAAACUGUACGGACGGGGAUUGUUACGGUGUCGUGACGGUUACUUAUUCUGCUUUGAUUCUGCGGUGUAGAGUGAUUUGUUGCAGUCAAUUUUGGGGUGAGAACGACGAAACAAAGGAGAAAAACAAGAUCUUCGAUGGGAUUCGGUGUUAUCGUUUUCUUUUGUUCUUUUCUUUUUGUUAAUUAAUCUUCCUCUUCUUCUUCCUGGGAUUGUGCAGUUACUCAUCAAUGAAAGUGUUAAAAGAUUCAUAA